GGCAAAUUUGAAACAAGUGAAGUAACCUUUAGCAGUUUAUUGAUAAAAAAUAAAUUGCUGGUUGUUAUGAGUUAGUGGCCUUGUGCAAGUUUGCCUAUUAUUCAGGAAAGGAGAUGGCAGUGGGGAUUCGGUGUGUUUCCAGGCAGAGAGUAGUCCCAUCAUUGGGAAUGGUACCUAGGGUUGCCACCUGGCCUAUAAAAAUGAUGGUUGAUCCCAAUGUUAUUAAUGGGAAAAAAUAUAAAUAUAUAGGAAGGCUGGUAUUUUUUCUGGAAAAGGUGGCAACCCUAGUGGUGCCUAACAAAGUGUCACUUUCCCUGUUGCGUAACCAUGUCCUUUUAACAAACUCAAGUGCUGAUACAAUGCGACUACUUUAUAUUUUUUUUAAAGACUCCAACACGUAGGAAUAGGGAACAGCGACAUCUGGCAGGUGAACUUUUGCGUCUACUCCCUUAGUAAAGGUAUAAGAAGGGUGAAUUAGUUGAAAAGCUGUGUGUUGGUCUCCUUUGUCUCAUCUUGUGAGUUUUCUCAGGGGAAAUGGCAGGGAGUUGUUCAGACCAGCCACUUCAGUCUGCUGCUUACAGCUGCUUUGUAUUCACUACACAAGGAGGUCGAGUCAUCUACACCAAUAUUACUUGUGCUGCAACAAAAUCCCAGAAAUGUCUUUCCGUUGUGAGUACUAAAAAUCACUGAAAGUAAAAGUUAAAUUGUUGCUGUAGGGCGCCAUUUGUUUAGCCGUAAGUCCAACUGCCACAGGAUGGCGCCGCGCUCACCCUCACUCCUCAUUGGUCAAUGGCGUGACCCUUGGGUGACCGCCUCCUCCCCAUUGUGACGCGUGCGCCGUGAUGUUUCUAUUCGCUUUACCAGCGAUCACCAGAAAACCAGAGUUGUUGACUGUUGUCCCGGAAACGAAUGGUUCCGCCCUGAUUAUACUAACGGGCUGCAGAAUGGCGCAAGCUGGGGCAGUCCGGCGUCAGCUCGAUUCUCUGACGCACAAUAUAUUCAUGCGUGAUGUGGGAAGGACUGUAGCCGAGAAGUCUGGGGCGCUGCUUGCUGGGGAGUCGGAGGUGGCCCCCAGUGUCUCAUUGCAGAUAUUCCUUUACUUCAACGCCUUCUAUUUCCCCUUGUGGUGGGUGUGUUACGUUCUAAUGCUGGAGCUGAAGUACGCGCUACUCCCUGAUUACUACAAAUUCAUACUGGUCAUUCUCCUUAUCCUCAUGUCAGUGAUUGAAGCGAUUCGGCUGUACCUGGGCUAUAGCGGCAAUCUGCAGCAAAAGGUCCCCGAACUGGCCGGCUUCUGCCUGCUCAGCAUCUUAUUGCAACUGCCGCUGCUGCUCUUCUUGCUCUGCGACCCCGGUUUGGAGCCCCUCCCCCUGGAAAGGGCAACACAUGCGAUUCUCACUGCUUUCCUACUUAUCCAGAUUCCCAUCUCCAUCUUCACCCUGCGCAAGGCAACCAGGCACCUGGCAGGCAGGUUUCACCAGCUGGGAGACUUGGAUGGAAGAGCUUAAAUUCUGCAACCUUUGCCUGAUGUGGGACCACUGGCCGCUGCCUGAUCCUGUAGCCCAGGGGUCCCCAACCUUUUUUUUACCUGUGAGCCACAUUCAAAUGUAAAAAGAGUUGGGGAGCAACACAAGCAUGAAAAAGUCCCUUGGGGUGCCAAGUAAGGGAUGUGAUUUUCUACUUGGUAGCCCCUAUGUGAACUGAUAUCCUACAGGAGUCUCUGCGUGGCACUAUACUUAGUUUAUAUGCAAUUAAAACUUGCUUCCAAGCCUGGAUUUGAAAAAUUAGCACCUGGUUUAAGGAACCUGAGAGCAACAUCCAAGGGGUUGAAGAGCAACAUGUUGCUUACGAGCUACUAGUUGGGGAUCACUGCUGUAGCCACUAAGCAACAGAAAAAAUACUGGUACAAUUGAGUAAAAGCAGGAGGAAGCAGAUGGCAUAUUAACAAAAAAACAUAUUUGAAAAGUGGCUGCAGAUCAGUCCAUGUCACUCUGAUUACUUUGUGUUAUGGCACAUGAUGGUGUCUGAGCUCACCACCUUUCCAGGACUGAUCUUUAUCGAGUAUCUCUGUUGGGAGUUGGGAAUAUAAAUGCACUCAGGACUGAGAUCCAAAACAGGCAUAUCAGCGACACAGAGGUCCAAACAGUAGUGAUGGGCGAAUUCGUCUGUUUCACUGCGCCGAGAAAUUCGAGGAAUGGGUGAAAAUAUUGUGAAUUUUGUCGCUGGCGACAUCUGAAAGUCAAUGGGCGUCCCUUUAAUUGUCACCGGCGUUUGAAAUUCGUGAAUUUAUUCGCCGGCAGCAAAACGCGGAAAUUCGCCACGAAUUUGCGCCUGCCGAAUAAAUCACCCAUCACUACCAAACAGCCCUCACAGUGCCAUUAAAUAGUGACUGGCUAUGUCAUCUUACAGCAGACCUUCUGGCAUUUGCCAGAAUCCAAAGAUUGCCAGUCUGGCUAUGGAUACAGUCAAUUUUACUUUAUAUAAUACAGCACUGGGGAUUGAAAUAUCAUUAUGUAUAUGGAACAGGUUUUUUUUUCUGCACACAGUGAGCUAACUCACCAUAGACAUUGGCCAAUCAUUUUUACCCAAGUGCCUCGUCCGUUUUUGUAUAUAAUGGAGACAUUUUACAUGAGAUCUUUAUUUUGUAAUAUUUGUUUGAGAUUUAUACACGUGAGAUUGAGUCGGAGAUAUUUCAGAUCAUUUAUGUAAUUAAAUGAAACAUUUAAAUCAA